AUGGGCUCUGAACUCGGCAACACGGCCACGACGAAGCCAGAGGCCCGAGUCAAUGGCCUUGGCAUCUUCUAUAUUAUUCUUGCCAUAGCGUGGACUGGCACCCUUUUGGGAGCCAUGCUCUACCUGUGGAGAAAGCGCAAGUCACAGAUUCUGCGCAUCCGCGGUCUUCCCAUCUCCUUUGCUGGCAUCCUCCUGAUGCACGUCUACUGGGUCUGCGUGACGACGGGCUACGUCUACGGCCCUCUGAUGCCCGAGGUGGCAGAGUACUGGAUCAUGGGCAUCUGGCUUCCGCUUGGCAUUGCUCUCUUCCACGCCUCCAACACACGCUUCCUCUACGUGGCCAACGCGCAGAGAAAGUACGCCAAGCGCUCGGCCGAGCCCUACCGAAUCUUCACCCGCCGACCCGGCCGCAUCUCGCUGCGCGAGUCGGUCAAGGUCUGGUGGCAGCAACUCGACUACAACAAGAAGACGCUCGCCAGCGUCGCCGUCGGUAUGAGCCUGCAAGUGAGCCUUACCGUCUUCAUGUUCCUCGUCUCCCGCAAGUUUCAUGACUCGUAUGGCAUCGACGGCACCGAGGUCUCGGGCACGCCCAUGGAGGUCAAGGUCGCGCAGGGUACCGGUUGGGAGUGGUGGCCCUCAAUCUUCUGGCAGCUCUUCUGGGCCUGGAUUGUGGCUCCCGUCAUCCUCUUCCGCGCCCGCAACGUCCACGACACGCAGGGCUGGCGGCUACAGACCAUUGGCUGCUGUCUCUCGGGCCUACACGCGGCCCCCAUGUGGCUCAUCGCCCUGUACGUUCCUGCCAUGGCUCCCGUCAACAACGUCUUUAUCCCUCCCAUGUGGAUUGCCCUCUCCAUCAUGUUUCUCGAAUUCUUUACCGUCUUCGUCCCCGUCAUGGAGGUGCGCAAGGCCCGCAAUCUGAGCCAGGAGACGCUCGAGUCCAUUGCCCGGUGGGAGUCGCGCCAGCGCUUCGGCGCCAAGGACGCAAAGUCGGUGCACUCUGAAAUCUCGGGUACCACGUGGGCGUCACGCAUGUCCCGGGCCGCGUCGUCGGUCAACUCGACGGGCUCCGGCGGCUCCAUCCUGACCAUGGACGCCCUUGAGCACACCCUGGAGAAGAACCCGGAGCCGCUCCAAGAGUUCUCUGCGCUCAAGGACUUUUCCGGCGAGAACGUGGCCUUUCUCAUGCGCGUGCGCGACUGGAAGCGCGCGCACAACAUUAGCACCACCAGGAGCAUCUCCAGUAGCAGCGGGCCCGAUGACGAGAGGCCCCCCCCGACCCCUGUCAAGAGGGCCUCGCGCGAGAUGUUUGAGGGUGCGCUGCACAUCUACCUCGACUUUAUUAGCGCCAGCUGCGCCGAGUUCCAGAUCAAUUUGGCGUCGCAAGACUUUCGCAAGCUCGAGGCCGUCUUUGAAAAGGCCGCCCGCGCUGUCGUCAACGACGAGUGCGAUACGUACGACCCGGCCACGCCAUUUGCUGAUACGCCGCGCCGCACGGCCGAUAAUGCCGCAGCGGCCUUGCGCUUCGCCGGCUCAAUCCCAGACGGCUUUGACGACACAGUCUUUAGUGACGCCGAGAUCAGUAUCAAGUACCUCAUCCUCACCAACACCUGGCCCAAGUAUAUUCGGCAGCGCCGCUCCGUGGAUGCCACCAGCACUGCCGAGACUGUGUAG